GUUUGCCUUCAGUUUCGGUUACGCGGAAAACAAAAUGAACACCUUCGCCGUCAUCGCCAUCGCAGCCCUUGCAAUUUCAGCCUCCGUUGCUUACCCCGGUCACGGUCAUGGUGAUGAUGGCGGGGAUCACCACGCCCCGGCUCACUACCAGUUUGAAUACGGCGUGCAUGAUCCUCACACUCACGACGUCAAGGAUCAGCAUGAACAUCGCCAUGGAGACCACGUCAAAGGAGGUUACACGCUGAAGGAAGCCGACGGCACCAAAAGGGUUGUGGAGUACACAUCCGGUCCUCACGAAGGGUUCCAAGCCGUCGUGAAGAGGAUCGGUCAUGCCCAGCAUCCGGCCCAUUAUGGUAAACACGGUCAUGGGCACGGUGGAGUCGGUGGAACCAGCUACGUCGGUAUCACCCACUGGGGACACGGAUCUGGACGCUGAGAAGCUUGCGACUGUGAU